UCCAGCCCUCCCUGUCGCGGGGGACGCACGGAGUGGAGCGGCUUGCGCUUGGUGUGCGUUUUCGUCAAAGCCCCGCUACCUUCACUGUGCAGGCUGGGCGCCGGGAAAGAGGAUCUGGCCCCUCUUUGUGGUGGAGAGAAGAGGCUCUGCCCCCCCCUCCUCCCCUCAACUUCCCCCCCUACACACACACAUAUGGCUCCUCUGUAGGAAAGUUUCCAUUUUUCACCCGGGAUCGUGGAAGGGACGUCAAAACAAAAAAAAGAAGAAGGAGAAGAAGAAGAAGAAAAAAAAACAGACCAAAAAAAAGUCACCCGAAGUCGCGCUCACUUUGCGGGACCCCCGAACAUGGAGAUGCAGCGGUGGUCCACAAGGUGGAAAACGAAACGUUGGCUUAUGGAUUCCACUAGAACUGCAUUCAUCACUUUAACGCUGCUUCUGCAGGCUGCUUGUGUCAGAGCAGCAGAGCCAGUGGACGUCUUAAAAGCGUUAGGAUUUCAAAAUUACCCCGAAGGAGUGACAAAAGUAACGGGAUUUUGUGCAAACCGAAGAGCAUCGAAGUCAGACUCAGCCUACAGAAUCGCCAGGCAGAUCCAGAUCAGUGCUCCCACCUCACAGCUGUUCCCUGGUGGUGUUUUUCCUGAGGAUUUCUCCAUCCUGACCACCGUGCGCCCCAAGUCUGGCCUCCAGUCCUUCUUGCUGUCCAUUUACAAUGAGCAAGGAGUUCAGCAGCUCGGUGUAGAGGUGGGACGCUCACCUGCUUUCCUGUACGAAGACCAAACCGGCAAGCCAACCCCGGAGGACUACCCCCUGUUCACCUCUCUCAACCUUUCUAAUGGAAAGUGGCGCCGUGUGGCCAUCAGUGUUGAGAAGAAGACGGUCACCAUCAUUGUGGAUUGUACGAGGAACAUCACCAAGCCUCUGCUCAGGAGUGACCAUGGCUCCAUCAGUACCAACGGCAUUACGGUGUUUGGCACCAGGAUCCUGGAUGAGGAUGUUUUUCAGGGGGACAUCCAGCAGCUCCUGAUUGUCGCUGAUCCCAAAGCAGCAUAUGACUACUGUGACCAUUACAGCCCGGACUGUGACACACCGCACGAGGAUUCGCUUCAGGCCCAGGAACCAGACGAAGAGUACAUUACUGACGAUAUAGAUUACAGACAGUUCUAUGAAUACCCUGAAGGACCAACAGCCUCCGUCCCGACUGACGAAUACUCUGAAAAACAGCUAAACAAUGUAGAGGGAGAUUACUAUACAGACAUUGACUACGGAACUCUAGAUGGUACUCAGACUCAGUCACCUGUUGCCACGAGCGGACCAAGCGAGGCUGUAGAGGAUUUUAUCGGGGCGCACGUCACCGAAGCCCCUCCUCUCGCUCCGGAGCCCGGCACUGUGUUGGAAACCGGGGACAACUCGGAGACUGGUGCUGAGGCGUAUGACUUUAAGGAGUAUGACCUGAACGAGUAUGACUUGGGCAAGUUAGACAACAAGUAUGAUUACGGGACAUACGAUGAGUACGGCCCCCUCCCAUCUAAAGCCCCGACAGCCUAUGAUGAGGAAGUGGGGCCCGGGGUCGCUGCCGAAACCGACUUUUCUGAAAAUACAGUCGCUGGUUCUCAAGCAGCCUUCGGACAGAAGGGCGAGAAGGGCGAGCCGGCUGUGAUCGAACCUGGCAUGCUGAUUGAAGGGCCCCCAGGACCACCUGGCCCAUCUGGUCUUCCGGGACCAUCUGGCCUUCAGGGACCCCCGGGCCCUGCUGGAGAUCCUGGUGACAGAGGUCCCCCUGGCCGCGCCGGUCUCCCCGGCGCCGACGGCUUACCGGGACCUCCAGGUACAAUGCUGAUGCUCCCGUUUCGCUUCGGUGGGGACGGCGAGAAGGGUCCGGUGGUAUCGGCCCAAGAAGCCCAAGCACAGGCCAUCCUCUCCCAAGCCAGGCUGGCGAUGAGGGGACCUCCUGGGCCAAUGGGUUUGACUGGAAGAUCUGGACCAGUGGGUCCACCUGGCUCAAGUGGGCUGAAGGGUGAAAGCGGUGACCCCGGACCUCAGGGCCCACGUGGCAUUCAAGGACCCCCUGGACAACCUGGCAAAGUUGGUAAAAGGGGCCGGGCUGGUGCUGACGGCGCUCGUGGAAUGCCCGGAGAGCCAGGCUCUAAGGGUGACCGAGGCUUCGAUGGACUUCCCGGGCUGCCUGGAGAAAAGGGCCACAGGGGUGAGCCGGGGCCGAUGGGACCAGCAGGAGCCCCAGGAGAGGAUGGACAGAGAGGUGAAGACGGAGAGAUUGGGCCCAGAGGGUUAGCUGGAGAGAGCGGCCCCAGAGGUUUGCUGGGACCUCGCGGUCCUCCGGGACCUCCCGGAGUGCCGGGCGUUGCCGGAGUGGAUGGGCCACCGGGUCCCAAAGGCAACAUGGGACCACAAGGGGAACCGGGCCCACCGGGUCAGCAGGGAAUCCCUGGAACGCAGGGCCUCCCGGGUCCUCAAGGUCCGAUCGGACCACCUGGAGAAAAAGGCCCUCAGGGCAGGUCGGGACUUCCUGGAUUGCCUGGAGCUGACGGGCCUCCUGGUCAUCCUGGAAAGGAGGGUCCACCUGGAGAGAAAGGUUCUCAGGGUCCACUGGGUCCUCAGGGUCCUCUUGGUUAUCCUGGCCCCCGGGGUGUAAAGGGCGCCGACGGAGUUCGUGGGCUGAAGGGAUCAAAAGGAGAGAAGGGCGAAGACGGUUUCCCAGGUUUUAAAGGAGACAUGGGAAUCAAGGGUGACCGGGGUGAAAUUGGCAUGCCUGGGUCCCGUGGAGAGGACGGUCCUGAGGGACCUAAAGGCAGAGCUGGCCCCAACGGAGAGUCGGGGCCUCUCGGUCCAGCGGGAGAGAAAGGUAAACUUGGAGUCCCAGGAUUGCCAGGUUAUCCCGGACGACAGGGACCAAAGGGCUCGAGUGGAUUCCCCGGCUUCCCUGGAGCAAACGGCGAGAAAGGAGCACGGGGCAUUGCUGGGAAAUCUGGGCCGAGAGGACAAAGAGGUCCAACGGGGCCUCGUGGGGCUCGAGGAGCCAGAGGUCCAACAGGCAAACCCGGUCCCAAGGGCACAGCAGGAAACGACGGCCCCCAUGGCCCACCUGGUGAGCGAGGACCUCAAGGACCUCAGGGGCCAGUGGGCUUCCCUGGACCAAAGGGCCCCCCUGGACCACCUGGAAAGGACGGGCUUCCCGGACACCCUGGACAGCGUGGAGAGACGGGUUUCCAAGGAAAAACUGGCCCCCCGGGACCAGGAGGUGUUGUUGGGCCUCAGGGACCCACAGGAGAGACCGGUCCUGUUGGUGAGCGCGGACAUCCUGGACCCCCAGGCCCACCUGGAGAGCAGGGUCUUCCGGGUGCUGCUGGCAAGGAGGGAGCCAAGGGUGAUCCUGGACCGCAAGGCUCCCCUGGUAAAGACGGUCCGCCGGGCCUUCGUGGCUUCCCCGGAGAGAGAGGUCUACCCGGUGCCACGGGCCCAUCUGGUCUGAAGGGUGGAGAGGGACCCCAGGGUCCACCGGGUCCUGUUGGUUCUCCUGGUGAAAGAGGUAAUGCUGGUCCAGCCGGCCCAAUUGGCUUAUCUGGUAGACCUGGUCCUCAGGGUCCUCCAGGUCCUGCUGGAGAGAAAGGUGCUCCUGGUGAGAAAGGGCCGCAGGGCCCAGCCGGUCGUGACGGGGUUCAGGGUCCUGUCGGACUUCCUGGCCCCGCUGGACCUCAAGGCCCACCCGGAGAGGACGGUGACAAGGGAGAGGCUGGGGAGCCGGGCCAGAAAGGAAGCAAAGGUGACAAGGGAGAGCAGGGCCCCCCCGGACCGGCUGGUGUUCAAGGUCCCGUCGGAGCCCCAGGUCCUGCUGGAGCUGAUGGAGAGCCAGGACCCAGAGGUCAGCAGGGCAUGUUCGGGCAGAAGGGAGACGAGGGUCCGAGAGGAUUCCCUGGACCCCCAGGUCCCAUUGGUCUACAGGGGCUUCCCGGACCUCCAGGUGAAAAAGGAGAAAACGGCGACGUCGGGCCCAUGGGUCCUCCUGGUCCCCCUGGUCCCAGAGGCCCUCAGGGUCCCAGUGGAGCCGAUGGUCCUCAAGGUCCUCCGGGUGGCGUGGGCCCCGUAGGAUCUGUGGGCGAGAAGGGCGAACAAGGUGAGGCUGGAAACCCGGGACCACCUGGAGAGCCUGGAACUGGGGGACCCAAAGGUGAGAGAGGAGAGAAAGGAGAGGCCGGACCCCCCGGAGCUGCUGGACCCGCCGGUGCCAAAGGACCCCCUGGAGAUGACGGACCAAAGGGCAACCCCGGACCUGUUGGGUUCCCUGGAGACCCAGGACCCCCUGGAGAGCCAGGCGUCGCUGGUACUGAUGGAGAACCAGGAGAGAAAGGAGAGGAUGGUGAGCCCGGUCAACCUGGACCCCCGGGUCCUUCUGGAGAGGCCGGUCCACCUGGUCCACCCGGCAAGAGAGGACCCCCGGGAGCUUUAGGAGCCGAGGGCCGGCAAGGAGAGAAGGGCGCCAAGGGUGAAGCGGGUGCUGAGGGGCCAGCUGGUAAAACUGGACCUGUUGGACCCCAAGGACCUCCCGGGAAGCCCGGUCCAGAGGGUCUGCGUGGAAUCCCUGGCCCUGUUGGUGAACAAGGGCUGCCUGGUGCUCCAGGACAGGACGGUCCACCAGGUCCAAUGGGUCCGCCAGGGCUGCCGGGCUUGAAAGGCGACCCCGGCUCCAAAGGUGAAAAGGGUCACCCAGGUUUGAUCGGCUUGAUUGGACCCCCUGGAGAGCAAGGAGAGAAGGGGGAUCGAGGUCUUCCCGGACCCCAGGGAACCCCUGGUGGCAAAGGUGACUCUGGCAUCAGUGGAGCUGCUGGUCCCCUCGGUCCUCCUGGUUCCCCUGGUCUACCUGGUCCUCAAGGUCCGAAAGGAGCCAAGGGUUCAAGUGGUCCUGCUGGUCCAAAAGGAGACACUGGUUCAAUAGGUCCUCCAGGUCCUCCUGGCCCACCGGGUGAGGUCAUCCAGCCCCUUCCCAUUCAGUCACCCAAGAAGACCAAGCGCUCCAGUGACAUGCAGUCAGACGCCGCCGGCGCCUUCGUGGAUUACGGCGAAGGCAUGGAGGACAUCUUCAGCUCUCUCAACAACCUCAAACAGGACAUUGAACGCAUGAAAUACCCCAUGGGCACGCAAAACAACCCGGCCAGAACAUGCAAAGACCUCCAGCUGUGCCACCCCGAGUUCCCCGAUGGCGAGUACUGGAUUGAUCCCAACCAAGGCUGCUCUGGGGAUUCAUUCAAAGCCUACUGUAACUUCACUGCUGGGGGUGAAACCUGCAUCUAUCCGGAUAAAAAGUCCAAUGGGGUCAGAAUAUCCUCGUGGCCCAAGGAGGUUCCAGGUUCAUGGUUCAGUGAAUUCAAGCGGGGUAAAAUAUUUUCCUACGUGGACGCUGAAGGAAACGCCAUCAACAUGGUGCAGAUGACCUUCCUCAGACUACUGACCGCCUCCGCCAGGCAAAACUUCACCUACAGCUGCCACCAGUCGGUGGCGUGGCACGACGCGGCCAGCGACAGCCACGACAAGGCGCUGCGCUUCCUGGGCGCCAACGACGAGGAGAUGUCUUUCGACAAUAACCCGUUCCUUAAGGCCAUCUCAGACGGAUGUUCGACAAGAAACGGCUACGGAAAGACAGUGAUGGAGCUCAACACUCCCAAAAUCGACCAGGUUCCAAUCGUCGAUGUCAUGUUGACUGAUUUCGGGGACCCAAACCAGAAGUUCGGGUUUGAAGUUGGACCUGUCUGCUUUCUUGGAUAAACAAAGUUAGAAAUUUUUUAUUAUUUUUUUUUUUUCAAAUAAGGACUUGAUGAGGACAGGAAAUAAAGUCAAGCCAGGACAUCCUGGGUGGCACCAAAUUUAAAACUCCCCCUACCCCCAACCCUUUUCUAUGCCACAUGCAAGUUUUGAAUGAGCGGUGGCGCGGCAGACACGUCUUUCCGUGUCUGCAACGCGUAAUCCCGGAAAGCGCUCCGUACCACGCGUCGUAGUCGUCCUACCACACGACUAUAGCACGCUGUGGAAGGAGGGCGAGGGACGCGGGAGCGGCGUGGCGGACAAGGAGGAAUCGGAGGCGACCGACGGACAGGACCUGGCGACACGAGGUGAAACGGAUCUCUUUGCCGAAAUCCCCCUCCAACCCCCCCGGGUGCUGUACAAAAACAACAAAUGGUGCUUGAUCAAAACACGACACAAACAAAAAGUAUAUAGUGGUGCUAAGAAAGAAAGGUGUAUUUUGAUAAUUAUAUAUUUAUAUGUGUAUUAAAAAGAACAAAAUUUAUUAUUAUUUUGUACAAUACUGUUAUUUCUAAAUCCACUUUCAAAACUUGCAUGUGUAUCAGAACCUGAUUUGGGCUCAGACGUAUACAAAGUAAGUUGAAACCGUACGUACCUUCUGGGCUUUUUGGGGCGGGGUUCUUGUUGUCAUUUCCUCUCUACAUUCUGUGUACUCGUCAUGAAGCAAAUAAAAGAAAAAACAACUGAGCAUUUCAACAAUCCUUCUACUUUCAAAUUAGACUGUGUACCCCAUUGUAUAUAAUGACUGUCCAAAACUUGAGUUUUCUUUUUUUUUCUGGGGGGGGGGUUGUUUUACUCUUGUGACUGCAGGUAAAACAACUGCAUUUAUCACAGCAGGACAAAUUACGGCGACAUCUCCCACUAAUGUUGCCACCCUGUGCUCCUACAAGGCAGUAACGACCUCCAUUUUCUCUUUAUUUAAAUAUUUCAGUUGUUUUUUUCUUUGUUUUGUUUUGUUUUUUUCUUUGACUGGCUUUUGCUUCGGUUGUAUACCUCAGACUUUCUCGGUAGCCUUUAAAAAGCAAGGACUCCAUGCCCUGUAUAUACCCUGGCUAAGCGAAUAAAUUUAUAUUUUGGGUGGGGAUAUUUUUUAAAGGUGAGAAAAACCUAAACUGUUUCAGAUCCUUCUGUGAGUGCAAUGAGAAGCCCUUGCAGUUACCCAUUUUUGUUACUAAAAAUGAGCAAAUGUUUUAUUGUGCUGUUUUGUUUUUUUGUUUGUUUAGUUCAUUUAAAUAUUAAAAAAAAAAUGGAUUCUAAACAAUAGCGAGCCAAAUGUCUCAGUUGUGUGUAAAAGAUUUUGGAUUGUAGAAAAUGUCUGUAGGCUGGAUAAAAAAAAAAAAGCUGAAACACAUUUUGAUUUAAAUGUGCUUGUGACUGAUGGUUAUUUAAUUACAGGAACCAUUAACUUAGUACAAAAGAAAACUUUCUCAUAUACCUCCACGAAAAAUGACCUUCUCUCAUUCAUAUUUUUGUUUGAAAAGCUCCAAAAGUCAUAAUAUAGAGAAGUCACAGAGGUGUCAGUAAUUGAACCGUGGUGAAACAAUUUUACUUGAUUCUUUUGUGUGUAUAUGUGUGUGUGUGUGUGAAAAGUAAAAAAGAAACCUUGAAACCGAAACUGUAACUAAUGUGUGGGGUGGCAAAAAAAAAAGUAGAGAGUCUCCAGGGGAUUAGAGAACAGCAAAAAGGAAAAAGCAGAUAUUUCUUGCAGAUGGUUCACCUGAGUGUUUUUGAAGGGAGAGAGCCAUAGAAAUCUUUUUUCAUCCCAUGACAUUAUAACCAAAAAACGUCACGUGUGUUUUAUUUAGGUUCAUGUAAUAGACGGUAUGUAGCGCGCAACUGCCUCCAAAAGCGAUCUAUCAAGUUCACUCAGUCAGCUGUCUUAUGCAGAAUCGACUUCAUUGCGGUAUGUGACAUGUUUUCAUGCUGUUCCUGGAAUGCUGCUUUUGAUUCGUUCAUGCAUGUUUGAGGAAUAUUGGAAUCUCCCGUAACAACCACUCUCAGGGUACUUAAACGUGCACUCCUACAAAGCCCCGCCCUUUUUCCCAAAGCUCCGCCUCAGAGCUUCAGUCCCUCCCCAACAUAGCUCCUCCAGACUAGCGGCAGCAGCAGCAGUUGGCAAACACAUGGUGGAAGGAACUGAGCUUCUUCUCAAUCCAACACUUUAAGAACAGUUAAAAACCUCAUAAUGGUGGAGCAUUGUUUAAGGGAGGGUGUCUGAAAGAGUUCAAAGGAUUAAAUAUGAGAAGUCAAAUUUGCUUUCAGUUGCUUUUAAUAUACACAACACUUUUGUAACAGAACGUUUGAGCUACAUUUCAGAGUUUUUGAUAUUUUUUUAUUUAAAAAGCUGCUGACCUGUCUGGUGUGACGUCGGUUGACGACUGAUGUCCUCUACCAAAACCCCCUUUAUAAACUGUGUGGCUUCUGAAAGCACCAGGGUGGACUGAAUUUCAUUUGGUGGUAUCAAAGCAAGUGGGGAGCGGAAGGGUGCAAAAACAUACACUUGACUUUUUGGGGGGUUUUAUUUCCAAAACAAAUCUGAAACCCGAGUAUAUCUUUUUUGUUUUCCCUCCCCCUCCUUCUGCUUCACAGUCAUGCAUGGCUGUUUUGGUCCGUCACAUGAAAUCCACUGAAGCUUGCAGCUCUGAAGCGCCAAUAUGUAAAUAAAUAAAUGCAUUUCUUUGAUUUUACUGAAACCCUGCGAUGUUGCGCCAUCAAAUUUUGAUGUGGGAGAGAAAAAGAAACAACUAAUUCGUAUUCGGUCAUCCUGCGUCUCCAUGAAACAAAAUGUUAGCCGUGGUCCGCUGCGCCUCCAAAAGACCGAUCAGUCCUUUCAUUUUGCUGCUGGACGUUUGAGAAGACAUCUCCAUAAGGGCAAUUUACGCACGUUUGGGGGAGCACGCGCGUGUGUGUGUUUUGGUAGCCAAGAAAAAAUUAAUACAUGCUACUGCGUUCUUCUUUUAUCUGCCGGGCUUUGCAGCAAAGAGCCCAAUGAGAACGGGCCGUGCGGAUCAGCAGCCACAAAAGAAAACAAUCGAGAAAAGGCUCAGCCGUAACUUCACAAGAGAAUCAAUCAAUCUGCAAUCUACACCAGGAGUCCUUUUUUCACAAACCCCUUGUUUGUCUCAGGAGAUUUCUACCAUCUUUCAUCUUUCUUUUAAUGCAUUCAGCACAAUCUUUUCAUUAAAACGAAGCAAUUAAACUUCCCAGAGUUGCUCUGAAAGGUGGCUGCAAUAAUGUCCCGGAUUAUCAUAUAAAUGCAACUUUUGCGACAUUUGCCGGUGUAAACUCCUGUGUAAAUGCGUGGGCUCACAACUGGGAUGCUGUUCUGUAUUAAAAAAGAGAUAACAAAAAAAAAAA